CUUUUGAACGCAGUGAUCCUCUUGAGGAGGCAAACAGUGGCAGUGAGUGAAACUAGUGUGCAGUAAACCGCUCACUCAGCCAUGAGGGUCAGGCUGCUUUUCAUCCUGGUGGUUGCUACAGUUUUCCUGCUGGACUUUGCUCAGUGCCAGAAAAAGGAAAAAGAGGAACCAAGGCCGGCAACAGAGAAAAGGCAAAAGGAGAAAGCCAAACCGCCUGGCGCUAAAACAGCAAAGCCUGUAGUGAAGAAGACCAAAGCCACUCCCAAGCCGACCCCACCCCCAACCCCACCCCCCCCUCCUCCCCCGCCGGUCCUGACCCAGGUGCUGGAGCGGGGGAAGUUCCAGAAGGUGGGAGACUCGCUGACCGUGCAGGCGGGGGACACCCUCGAGCUGCGCUGCAAGGGCAAGCCUGUGGAGUGGGCUUUCCCAGACUACCUGGAGGAGGAGGAUGAAGGCAGGCUCAGGGUUAUACAGCAUCUGAAGUACAGCUCUCUGGUCCUAGUGAACUCAACCGGGGCAGACACAGGAGAGUAUAUCUGCUACCCAAUGUACUGUGAGGACAGUGACUGCAGAAGGGAGUACGACAGAGCAGCCAAAACCUUCAUCUUCUUUUCAGACCCGCAGGAGCUGUUCGUCCCAUCGGCGGAGUACUAUGAGGUGGUGCAGCUGCGCACCAACAGGCCUGCCACGCUGCCGUGUCAGGUGACCUCGCCCGAUGCCAUGGUGACGCUGCACCGCGAGUUCCCCCCGGAGGAGGUGAAGGUGGACGGGGUGGAGAUCUCCUUCAACCUGAAGAAGGGCUUCACCAUCCACCGGCCCAAAGCACACCACGCCGGCUCGCUCUUCUGCAUGGCCAGCUACCGGGACCUGCGCCAGAUAUCCACCAAGUACAUGCUCAUUUACGUCAACUAUCCAGUUGCUCCCCCUUCUCCUACAAUCAGCGCCUCUCUGCAUUCGGUUCAUGCUGGUCAGAAUCUGCAGGUGACCUGCACAGUGCUUGGAGAGUCGGAGGUGGUCAUUGAUUUCACCUGGGAGUACCCAGGACAAAAGAUCGGCAGGCCGCCCUACACCCAGGACAGCACCUGGACGUUGCGCUCGGGGGGGCAGACGCGGCAGCAGUCCGAGACAGUUCUCAUGGUGGACGGGGUGAGGGCCGUGGACCAGGGCACCUACACCUGCACUGCCAGCAACCUGGCCGGCUCCACCAGCGUGUCCACCACCGUCACGGUGCUGCCGGCACGGACAGCCAGGUCCAGACACCACUGACCACAGCCUGCUGGGGAGCACUGCGAUGUAGAGAUGAGAGAAAGAGACAGAAGAUCCUAAGAUCAGGAAAUAGAUUUCACAGCACUGACACUGUGAGGCUCUGUCUCAGGUGCUGGCAUACAGUAUAAGUGACUGAACUGCCUUGAAUAGUACAGGUUAUUAGUUAUCGACAGUGGCAGCUACAAUCCCCACAAUGUUACAAUGCUGUUCUUCUUUCUGCUGGGAUCUGUCUAUUGGCCACACGUUAUUAAAGCCAUGAAGCUGGUUCAUUUACGAAUGCAUUUUAUUUACAAACCCAGCUAGGACUGGAUCAGAUGUGAUGUUUUCCAACACUACCCCUUUAAAUCGACUGGGUGCUAAGCAUCAAACAGCCCAGUUCUCAACCCCAAGCCAGUCUGAGUUGACCUGUUAUGUUAAGUUUUGUUACACAGAGAAGGACGCAAGAAGAGCAAGCAAGCUAGAUUUCAAAAUAUAUAUGUAAACUUUUUUUUUUUUAAAUAGACGAGAAUAAAGGCAUAUGCUCUGUUUCCAAAUCAGCCACCUAGUUUGUUUGGCGAAUGACCUCUUAAAAGGAAAACAGAUCCAGGUCAUUUUGUUUGUGUUUCCUCAUAGGUAUGUGCAGCAUCUUCAUUAAAGCUAAACAUGUAUUUAAAGUGUUUUUUUUUUUUUUUUAAUAAACACUUCCAGCAUUCCUUUUUUAUGAUUCUGUUCACAAUAACAGUCUCUACAUAAUGAAGUGUGUGGUCUCACAUUGGAAAGCAGGUUUGAUGCAAAGUGUAAUCACAGACAUACAUUUUCUUAAAAUUACAAUUCUCACACGGUUACUACUCCCUUACACAGCCAAUUAAAGCAGUGGUAAUACUUUCCACACUGUGAUCCUCACUCAUGUCCUGGGAGGAUCGAGUUCAGAACACUAAGCUCAAUUGCUUUGAAUUUUAACAGCACUCACCAGUGCAGUUCUGCAAGAGGUUUACUCAUUCUGAAACACAACUGAAAAGGAACAACUGAAAAAACUGGUUCUGCAAAAAUAAACACGUUCACCCUUUGACAAUGAUGUGAGGUAAAUUCAAAUACAUACAUGGAAAAAAAAAGGUCAGACAAGACCUGAGGCAGAACUCAUUUAACAUUACAGGUACCUUCCCAUUUGAACAGGUGGCUGGUGAACAAUAAUAAACAAAAGAUUGUAAUUGCUGAGCCGAUAGCAAUGGCAACAGCAAGAUUAGACAUUUUAAAACACUAUGCAUUGUAAAAUAGUGGCAUAGAUAGAAAACUUAACAUGGUACAAUUAUGCACGCAGUGACUGAUGGGGAUAUAUAUUGAUCGGUUUGAUUA